CAGAGAAGCAAUGAAGCUAAUCGCUAAAACUGUCCUUGAAGACGAGAAUGGAAACGAUUUCAUCUCCACUCUCUCCGCUGUUCAACUGGGCAAACUGCAAAGGUCCCGCCAGUGCUCACAGUAGAGUGCACGCAUGCACGGGAGCAUGGCAGCUACCCACGGCGAGUACAGAGGCUACCUGCGCAGCACAGUGGACGUGGAGGCCGGCCAGCACCGCUUUCAGCCAGUGGCCAGCUCGGAGCCCUCGCACCGGCCACUCCUUUUCGGCACCCUGGCGGUCAUGGGAUUGCUCCAGGUGGCCUCCAGCGUGGCUAUCCUAUUGCACCUGACGGGCUACCUGCAGGAGGUAGAUUUGACCACUGCUCCACGGCGACCAAUCGAGGAAGUGCAGACGGAGCCGGUGCUGAACGCGCUGAGAGACACCAAGAAGAACAGACAAUUCAAACCCCGGAAGGACCACCUGCCGUCUGCUCACCUCCCCAUCAAGGUGCAUCAAGAGUUUUCAAAGAAGGGUGAGCCAAAGGCCAUCACUAUCGACUGGGACGAGGUGCACGGAUACCGCCACAGGAUGAACUACGAGAAGGGCAAACUGCUCGUGGUCAAGUCGGGCUUCUACUACGUUUACGCCAAGACCUGCUUCCGCUACUACAAGUACGUCCCCGAGGACGGCGGCCAGGGCGAGGGCGGUUCCUCUGUGGAUGUGAGCAAUACGCAGCUCAUCCAGUACAUCUACCAUGAGAGAAUCAAGCAGAACAGCAAAGUGGACCUUCUGAUGAAGACGGGCAGCACCAUGCGCUGGGACAACACCAGUUACAACAUGUACUGCGCCCAGCAGGGCCGCGGCCUCUUGCUGGAGGAGGGUGACGCCUUGUUCGUCACCGUGUCCAACGCCUGGAUGUUGGACCCAGAUGGAGUAGGGACGUACUUUGGGGCCAUAAAGUUGGGCAACUGAAGAUGUUGACACGUGGGACACCACCAUGCUACUGAAGUGACGCAAAGGAACCACUGAUAGUGACUUAGAAAAAAAAGCAUUUGAUCAUUUUUACCACAUAGCCUUUGAAGCCAAACUUGUCUCGACAAACCAUGCUGAACCCGCUCCAAAGUAGCGCUGGAUUCUUUAAAGGUAUUUCUCAUUUUAUUCAUUAGGAUUGCACAUUCAUUCCUUGUUUGUUUGUCUGCAUUGAUGAAACAAACAAAGGAAGCGAGCGAGGAGCGUGUUUCCAAAGGAGAUCGGUGUCAUCAUGGAAACAUUGAAGCUGAUGCAGCAUCUGUUUGUAUUUUAACACCAGCGGGAUGAAAUCACAUGACCAAAAUAAUCCCUCAACCACAGCUGUCAAUGUUUUCCAGAAAAGGUUUCUGUUGGUGUGAACGAGGCGCGGGCGAGAUGAGGCGUCUUCGCGACGGCUACGUUUACAUGGAGAGUGUUGAACCCCGAGCCCGCUAAAAAGAGUUUCAUCUAAAAUAUUCCAUCUUUACAACGAGUGUCCCUGCAGCAUAUGUUGAAAUACAUAAUGAGCCGUGUCCAAAGUCAGGGUCUGCACCCUUCAGAACACCAAGACCACAUGAUCCACAGAGGCAUCUAACACCUAACAGUAAAAUACAUCUAACAGGUAUAUCUAACAGGUUUAUCUAACAGCAUAUUUUCUUUGAAGCCUGGCAUUUGAAAUUGAAAUUAUAAAAAAAAAAACACAAAACACAGCAAAUGCGUGCCGCCGUAUUGAAUUUUCUGAAAUGGGAUGCCACAAAGGAUAGUAGAGAUGUGAAAAAAACAAAGUCGCAUUUGGGGGCGACAUUUGAAGGAUCCUUCAAAUUGUUAUGAUGUCAGAUGCCUUCCAAAGUAGGAUGCAGCCCCUGAACUGGGGACACAGCAAUUAUCUACAUAAGUCAAAACAGACAAAUAACAAAUACAGUAUGAUGGAUUCAAGCAGUCUUAUGUAAUCUCCCAUGUCACAUUAUUCUGGUUAAAGUUGUUUACAGCGUGUUAUCAUCAUCAUUGGAUGGAAUAUGAAUAUUCACAUCCAUGUAAACGUAGCCUCCCUCUCACUCAUCAGCACCAUUGGAAGCAGCUACUUAUUAGAAUCACCAUAUAGCCUUACCGAUGUCCACAUGUCUGUCUUUUGACGAUUUGACUGCAUUUUCGACAAACAACAUGGUUGCUUCUAUGUGUGACGAUCAACAAGUGACGCAGAUAGCCGGACUGUCUGUCCUUGGUUGACACGAAAAAAGACUCUUUAACAAGGAGGAACCAAAUUGACUUUGGUUUCGCCUUUAACUUAAUUUUGGUUUUCAUUUGGCUCUCCAGUGAGGUAAAUGGGAAUAUGCACUAACUAUUUAUUUAUUAGCCAUAGAAGUACAGAGAGGGGUCAUUGUUACAGUGGCCCUUUCAGCUGUAAAACAAAACAAAACAAAAGCAAAAGCAAAAAAAAAACAAAACAAGUCAUGUAUAUUUUAUGUCUGUACAACAUUCAUUACGCAGCACUUAGGAAAUAUUAGGCACGCUUUUUUUGUUAUUAAAGAAAAACAGGGGCUACGUUUUCCAAUGCCAUAUUUAUGUAUCUCAGUUUUGACAAUUGUGUGUGCACUCGCCUCGCUAAAAGCAAUAUGAAUUUAUUGUUUAUUCCGCAAAGAUUGUAGCAUACCUGAUUUCAAUGGA